AUGUCCUUAUUUUUCAAAGCACCAAUUGAAAUUGAGAUUCGACUAGAUAACGAGGAAGUUAGGAAGCACACGGAGGUGAAGACACCACAUGGAAGGAUUGAACGUAUCCCUAUAUUCAAAGAUGGAGAGUCUGUGAAAGGUGUGGUGACGCUCCGUACAAAAGAAGGGAAAAAAGUUGAGCACCUUGGUGUGAGGAUCCAACUUUUGGGACGAAUCGAGACUAAUAUUGAUGGCUUGGUGUCCUUGGACUUUUUAUCGCUAGCCACAGAGCUUGCGGCACCGGGACAAUUAAUACGUCCAGAGUCAUACCCAUUUGAGUUUAAAAAUGUUGAGAAACAAUAUGAAAGUUAUAGAGGGAAAAAUGCUAAGUUGCGGUAUUACUUGAAGGUAACAAUGUUACGUAAGUCGAGUUCGGAGAUUACAAGAGAAAAGGAGAUGUGGGUAUAUCAAUACCAUCAACGCAAAUUGAUGGACAAUAGUACUAAUACUGUUGACAAUAUCAACAACCAAUUGAGUAAUACUCAGAGUGAAGCUGGUCUUCAAUCAACGCCACGAAGAGGUAAAGGGGCACAUAGUGUGAAGAUGGAUGUGGGAAUCGAGGACUGUCUACACAUUGAGUUUGAGUAUUCGAAGUCGAGGUUUUCCUUGAAAGAUGUCAUUAUAGGGAGGAUAUACUUUUUACUAGUAAGGCUCAAAAUCAAGCAUAUGGAACUUUCGUUGAUCAAACGGGAGCUGGUUGGGUCUCCUCCGAAUCAAGUGACUGAUAGCGAGACUGUUGUCAGGUUUGAGAUCAUGGAUGGUGCUCCCGUGAAAGGUGAGACCAUUCCCAUUAGAUUAUUCCUCAGCGGCUAUGACUUGUGUCCGACGUAUAAGGACGUGAACAAGAGGUUUUCAGUGAGAACGUAUCUUUCGCUAGUGCUUAUUGAUGAGGAUUCACGGCGGUAUUUUAAACAAAGCGAGAUAUUCUUAUACAGAGAUCUGUAA